CUCUCAUACAUUCUCUGAAUCGUCAAGUGUUCUAAGUAAUUUGUGAGCUAUGUCAGGUUUCUCAACACAAAGAGGCAUGUGGUCCCUGAUCAAGGAUGUGGAUCAUACCAAGACCACUUGGGCCUUAAGAGGGCGGGUGGUUAGAGCAUACGAAGUCCCACCUCACUCAAAAGGGGGGGGGGGGGAGUACACUAGAGAUGGUGUUGCAUGAUGAGCAGGGAGACCGCAUUCACGCUAUCAUAAAAAGGCCACAAGUGGAGGUUUACAAGACCAUGAUCAAGGAAAACAAAAUUUACGCUCUUAGGACGUUUUUGGUCCUGGACAACUACCAAACUGUCAAAACAAGUGACCAUCCUUAUCUAAUUCAAUUCAUCAGCAAAACACAGUUCACCGAAGACACUAGGACAGAGUUGCCAAUGAUGGUGUACGACUUUCAGCCAUUUGACAUGCUACAGGCUCAACGUGUCGUCAACGACAAAAAGUUGAUUGGGAAAGUCAUAUGUAAGAGCGGCGUUCAAAACCAUAUCAUUAGCGGAAGAACCGAAAGAAUGAUGGAGUUGACAUUAGGAGAUCCUGAAGGGAACAGACUCGGAUGUGUGUUGUGGAACAAGUACAUAGACCAGUAUAUGGAGUAUGUGACAGAGAAUGUUGGCGUGCCUGUGUACGUAAUUUUCCAGCUAUGCAGGCCAAAGAGAUACCAAGGCACCCUAUCUGUGUCAUCUUCAUUUGAUGUGUCGAAACUGAUCAUCAAUGGGAACUCAAACGAGUUUAUUGAAUUUCAAAGCGAGUAAGAAGUUUUUUUAAAGUAAGCAUUGUAAUGAGGGCUUAUAAACAUUGAUACUCAUAAUGAACUGGACACUGUGAUGCAGAUUUCUGAUAGAGUUGUAUUUUUAUUAUGUAAUAUUUCUAUUUUAAAUAGUUUUAUUUGUUGUUGUUUGGAAAAUUACACACUUUUGGUGUAAUUAGUUAAUUUUCUUAGAUAGAUGUAAUUUGUUUAGAUUAGGAUUAUUUUGAGCUUAAAACAGGUCAAGAUCAUCCAGAGGAUCAAGUUUGGACCCCAAAAGAUCAAGGAAAGUGCAAGGGGACAAGAUAAAUAGAAGAUUGAAAAAAUAUUUCAUAUACCCGGUCGGGUAUAGGCAAUACCCAAUCGGGUAUUGAGUUGAUUCAGGUGUCAAAAUCAGAAUCUGGAGAGACAAAAGAACGUGCAGGAUUUUGACUUUUUGGCUCAUACCCGACCGGGUAUUCCUACAUACCCGACCGGGUAUGUCUAGAAAAGUGAUUUUCCGGGAAACUGCCUAAAAUACCCGAUCGGGUACCCUAUAUACCCGAUCGGGUACACAACCCUGCCACCUCCAAACACCUAUAAAUAAACCCCUUUUCCUUCACAAUGAAAGCACCAAUUCCUUUAUACUCUUAAGCUCAGUUUAGAAUAGCAUUUCUUUAUAUUUCUUUUAGCAUGUUUAGUCUCCAAAUGAGGAGCUAAACUUCCGUUUCUUAGUUUUGCUCUUGAAGCUUGUUGAUUAUUAAAGUUGUGAGUUAUUUUCUUACUUUCUCC